GGCCGCCCGCCAGGGCCGCACCAACAGCGACUGGCCCGACAACUCCAACCUCGUUACUAACAUCGUGGACCCGUUCCCCGCCACAGAAGACUGGGACAAUGAGGAGUGGUCUGGAUCUCUCUCAGAUACUAAGGUGUUCACAGCAAGUUCGGCUGUUCAGAACGCCGUCGUGGACCCCGACUGUGUUGGCGCACAAAACAAUGUGACGGAGGACUGGGACAACCCGGAGGCGAACGGUCCGACGGAGGGCCACAUCCCAACGUACACGUACCACAACACGGCGCACACCACGCAUCAUCAUCAUUCCAUCAUGGACCAAAUGAGCUCGGGCAGCCCCGGGCCGGGCGCCUCACCAGCCAGUGCAGGAGGCGCGGCGGGGCCGGGCGGCGCGCCCGCGGGGGGGCCGGGGCCCGCGCCGGGACCUGCCGCUCCUGCGCCUGAGCCCGCGCUGCACGAACAGUACCACGCGGCGCACCAGCACCAGCCAAUGGGCAUGUCUGGCAGCCUGACUGCAGCGCAGUCGCAGUACUUGUCUCAGCUGACGCAGCAGUCGCAGCGGCACGAGAGCAGCGUGUACAGCUCCAACUACGGCGUGUACUCGUCGGGCGUGGCGGAGCUGUCGGCGCGCAAGCCGGCGCGUGCGCGCGUGCCGCCGCCCAGCAAGAUCCCGGCCAGCGCCGUCGAGAUGCCCGGCGGCGAGGCGGCCGCGCUCUUCCUCGACGUGCAGUUCGGCGCGCUGGACCCGGACGAUAGCGACAAACCGGUGACAACACAGGCGGAGAGCCAGCCGGCGCCAGUGUCCACCAGCCACGAGACAACGACUGAAGUUCCUGUCACAACAUAUCCCAGUUCCAACAGUAUGUUAAACGAGAGUCUCUCGGUAGUAGAGUCGUCGACGCCCAGCCAGCCGGUCACAUCAGAGCCGGUAGUCACAAAUGCAACGUCAGCACUAGAGAAGCAGUUGAACGCGUCGAUGAAGCAGCUGAGCGUGUCGUCGCCCCCGGCUGCGAGCGGGGCGAGCGGCGCGAGUGGCGCGAGUGUGUCGAGUGGCGCGGUGGCGGCGAGCGCGGCGGAGGCGCGAAGCGCGCCCGCGGCCGCGCCGCCCGCGCACGCCGCGCACCCGCAGGGCUACGCGCACCACAGGCCCAAGACGGUGGGACCACAACAGAAUGUGUACGCGCACCACGCUGUAUCUCAUCACCCACCUGUAUACGGCGCCAACGUGUACGCACCACAGGUUAAUUCCACGAACGCAUCGCUGACUGGCGCGUCGGCCAUCACGGCGACCGCGUAUCCGUCCAGUGUGACGCUCACGCAGUACCAACCCAUUAUCAACUCAUAUCAGACGUCGUCAUCGGCGGCGGUGUACGGCGGCAGCGCGCUGUACACCGCGGCACCAUACACGGCGUACCAGCCCACCGCACAACCCAAACUGCCACCCAAAGAGACGCAACAGCAACAGUACGAGAGUUCAGUGUCGUCGAGUAACAGCUUAACGUCGACGUCGACGACGCAGACGUCCACGUCGAAGGUGACGACGACGUCGGGCACGGGCGGCGGCAGCUCGGCGGCGUACGGCGCGGGCGCGGGCGCGGCGCAGGGCGCGGGCGCGUUAUACAGCGGCGCCGCCACCGCCACGCCUUACGCCUACGACGAACCACAACUCAUGCGCACCACCAUGCCGCACCACAUGGGUGGUUACUACGAGGUGGGGUACGGCGUUGGCGGCGGCCGCGAGGGCGCCUUCGGUCUCGGCGCUGCUGACCGCUUCGGACGCGCCGACGCUGCCUCACCGCAACAGGUGCCUGCCGCCGCGUUACCGCCCGGCUAUGCGUACUUCACAUACCAGCCACCACCUACCACGUACCAAUACGGAGUGUACCCCACGUACGGCGGCGGUUCGAACGUGGGCGGAGUCGGCGGCGUGGGCGGAGUUGGCGGCGUGUCGGCCACCGGCAAGGUGAACACGUACGCGCAGCAACAGCAGCCGCCGUACGACGCGCAGGACUCAUACAAACCAGGAGCAGCGUACUCGGGCAGCGGGGCCAAGAGCGGCGCCGCGGCGGAUCUCACUAACGCCAUGUACGCCAAGACGCACGUCGCGCUCAACAAAGUUAAUAGCUACGAGAAGGCGGGCUUCGCGGGCGGCACUCCGCCGCCGUUCGGCGCCUCGCAUCUGUACAUCCCCGCGCCGCCGCACCACCACCCGCACCACCACGCGCCGCAGCACCAGCUCCAGCCGGUACGUACCACCACACAUACCACUACCACCACACACGCCAUCAGGGGAGGACACGGCACGCACACCAACACUUGUUAAUUUAGUUGCGUGUAAAUAAGCAAAGAAAUUC